AUAUGAGUUUUUGUGAGGAGAGGGGAUGUACCCUACAUGCAGGCCGGUGGUGUCGGGUUUCAUUUCCCGGGUGGGAUCAGUUCAGUUCGGUCCUGUUUUGGUUCUGUGUUGAAGCCCUAACGUUGCGCUGCCUGUAACUUCUUCAAACUCUGAAGUCUGACCAAAUCAAGUCCUGCUGCUGAUACGGAUUUACAUACAGCCUUGACAAGUCUGCGUACCAUUACAGUUGUCAACAUGAAGAUGAAGAGGGAGGACAUCAUUUUUCAGGCUCUUCUCUUGAUCCACAUCCCUGCGGCCUGCCUCUUCACUGCAGUGUCAGGUCAGUCUGACAGCAGCAGCAGCAGUGUGGUGGUGGCAGGUUAUAAUGUGAGCGCCCCUGCCGGGUCAAGGGUGGUGCUGCAGUGUGUGAGCGGACGCAUGGUGUGGACCAGGGACAGGGUGAGGGACAGACAGAGGGUGGUCCACUGGGACCUGUACCGGGCCCGUCCAGACUAUGCCAUGGAGAGGGUGCUGGACAUGUUCUCUGUGGGGGACCAGAGGAUCUACAACUCCUACAACCUGGGCAGGGUCGGCCUCAGCCCCACAGCCUUCAGGGAGGGAAACUUCUCCCUGGUCAUCAAAGAUGUGACGAUGAAUGACAGAGGUCUGUACUCUUGUAACCUCCACCAUCUAUACUGCCACCUGUACGAGACAGUCAGAGUACAGCUCAACGUCACUAAAUCACGUCGUAAAGAACAGCGCUUCUGGGAUGGACAAAAGGCGGUGUAUGUGGUGCUGCUCGGCAGUACGGUGGUGCUGCCGUGCAUCAACCGACGUAACGUGUGGACCGACUGGAGCGAAGAGGAGGAGGACCAGCAGGUGGUUCACUGGGACCGUCAGUCCCCAGGAGUCCUCCAUGACCGCGCUGACCGGCUGGUGGAUCUGUACGCCUCUGGGGAGCAGCGUAGCUACGGACCGCUGUUCCUCCAGAGGAAGAUGAACAUCAGCAACCAAGCCUUCUCAGAGGGAGACUUCUCACUUGCCAUAUCUGAUCUGCAGCCCACAGACAAGGGGAUGUAUUCCUGCCACCUCCACCAUCACUACUGCGGUCUACAUGAGAGAAGACAGUUUCAGGUCACAGUGGAGCCACCGGUGAUUCAGACCACCCUGCCAGCCAAAGCACUGCCCAGUGAAGACAAAGCUCAUCUGACGCCAGACCUCUGCAACCACGCACACUCCCUCACAACCCCGUCCUCCAAACCGCACCCUCAUCGCCUUUCACCUUCCUCUCAACCCGCCGCUCUCCACCAUUUCAUCAUUAUGGCACCACUCAACAGACUUUUGGUGUGUGUGUAAUUGUAUAUGUUGCAGGGGUCUAUUUUUGUCUUUAAUAUAUCAUCCAUUUUCUUUUCUGCUUCUUCCUCUCCGUUUCUCCUCUCUCAAUUGGUUUGGUUCACAUUUCUCAGUGCUUUGACCUGCCUAAAAAAAGUCUUUCUCUGAGUGCAUAUUGGAAAAAGAGGAAAAGAAAACAGAGAAGAAGAGAGGGGGAGCAGAUAGAAGAGAAGAUUGGCAUGUUGGCAUGUCAGCUGCCUACCUCAAAUUCUUGGAGAAUGAGAAAGUUUCUGGUGCAUGUGUCUGUGUUUCCAGUAGGUAACUGAAGCAAAGCCGAUAAUGGCAGAUGUAUCAAUGUGGGAAAAUCAUUGAGAGAGGUUUAGAAAUAAGAAAUGCCUGUGGCCGAGUCCGUCUGUGUGUGUGUGUGUGUGUGUGUGUGUGUGUGUGUGUGUGUGUGUGUGUGUGUGAGAAAGAGCGUGCCAAGUCCAAUCUCAUUUCAGUGGAAUCUCUCGGAUACAGUCUUUGGACUGAAGUCCAGCUCUGCCCACACAAUUAAUCCUUCACUCCCCGAGCUGUAAUAAUACAGUAGGAUUGCACUAUGGGAAUUUUACUGGUUAGAAACAAGAAGCAUAACUGAUUUAUCUCCAGCGCAGGAGGGAGAUUGCACAGUUUCUUGGCCUGUGCUCUCAGACAUUAGCAGCCCACUGCAGUAUUUAGUCUUCUUAUCUACUCUUGUUUUGCCCUCGCUGACUGUCUGCUGCCCUGUUGAUUUUGGCUCUCUGCUGACAUUCUGCAGGAGUUUCACUCUUUCUUCACACCACCUUCAUCUUCCCUCUGUCCUGCCUUCUUUCUGUUUUUUUUCCACCUUUGAGGAUCCCACAUGCUCAGGUUUGUUUCUUUUUUAACACGUUCCUUUCACUCGCUCUUUUCCAUCACUUUUCUCACUUUCUUUUUGCCUUUCCUUGUAAAGAAAGAGAACUCUUUACGGUAUAGUUUAUGGACAAGAACAGGAGGGAGGGAGAUAGACAAAGAGAGAAGGAAGGAUGGGGACGAGGAGUCUGUUGAUGAAAUAGGGAAGAAUAGCUGUAGAUCACCCCUCCCUCCCUCCCUUCAGAGUUAUUUCUCAGUGCAGUUUGGACAGGGGGAGAACGGGGGCAGCCAGUCUAAACACAUAUGCUCCCAUCUGGGCACGAGUUAGGAGAAAAUGGCUUGAAACUAAAUAAUAGGAUCAGAGAAUUUGUAAUGUAAAUGAACAUGUUGUUUUCAUGUAUACUGCAGACAAGCAGCUGUGUAUGCGCUGGUUUUGUUUGUGUUUGGGAUCACUGGGCGAGGUCUUAUCUUGCUUCAUUUUGCGAGGCAAGUCUCUGGAGAAACAUCUCACCGUCCCCUUCCUCUCCCUUGGCUCUCCUCCUCUGUUCCACCCCACUCUGUCCUUCCUUCACUCCUCUUCCUCUCCUCACUCUGCUGUGUUUUACUGCCAGGAAAAGUAAAUCACAGCAUGACUUUCUGUCUGGAUCUCAUUUUGGCUCAAAUAUUUUGAGUCUGAGGUCCACAGCUGCUUCUUGCCUUGCACUUUUUUUAAUGAAGCUAAAUGAAACCAGGCUUUCCCUCCCCCUCUGCUUUUCAACACUCCGCAGAACCGCACAUAUCACCUAAUGCCAUCCGGCUAAUUAUUUCUCACUGCUCUGAAAAUGUGCUCAGCAUUUUUCUUUUUUUACAGUUUCAUUUUGUUGGGCUUGGAGAGAAAUCCUCGCGUGUUAGCUCAUAUGUUAGUCUCCUAGCAUUAGAUGUAGUCUGCCACUUCAAACACACAUUAAACACAAAGCACCAAAUGCCCAAAGACAAGAUUAAUUUGAGCAGAUAUGAAGUUCAAAAGUUCUUUACUUUGUUCAGUGUCCAAAACAAAUUGCCCCCACAAAUGAAGGAAUGAAAGACACAAAGUGACAGUGGGCUUUGAUAAUUGCAAAACAGAUAUAUUAUUGUACUUAGUUGCUCUCAUUCAUACAUUGAUUGUAUUGUAUUUAGCACGAGCUAAACAUGAGCAUGCUAACAUGUUCACAAUGACUACUGUAUACCAUGCUGAUGUUUAGAGGGUAACACUGUUUUUAUCUCAGUUUAGGGUGUUUGCAUGCUAACAUUUGCUAAUUAGCACUUAACACAAAGUUCAGCUGAGGUUGAUGGAAAUCAGUCAUCGGUUUUGCAGGUAUUUGGUCAUAUAUUUAAAUAUUUGACAAAUUUAUCAUCAGGGAACCAUGAAUGUCUAGACCAAAGUUUGUGCCAAUCCACCGAGGAGAUAUUUCACAGAAUAAUUGAAAACUUUGGCCUGCUGGUGGCGUAAGAUGAAAAGUCAGACUGUCACCAAAGUCAGUAGGAUUCAUUCUAUAAUAUCUGUACCAAAUUUCAUGGCAAUCCAUGUCAUAGUUGUCGAGAUAUUUCAGUGUGGACCAAAGUUGUGGACGGACUGACCGACAUUGCCAUCACUCCACAAAUAAAGUUAAAUAGGAGAAAGAAGUAAAUCUGUACACCAGAUGAAAAAUUGCCAAAAGCAGGUUUAGCACUGCUAUUUUAUUUAUUUAGCGCCAAUUCAUAACAGAAGUUAUCUCAUUGCACUUGUCCUAUAGAGCAGCUCUAGACCGUACUCUUUAUAAUAUUAUUUACAGAGACCCAACAAAUCUCAC